UUUCUUUCGAACGCAACCUGCGCAACUUGUCGCUUGUGCGUUGUUUUCUUUCAGAGAAUCGUGGUUUGUCUUGCUGCAGUUGUUAUUCGUGGUUAUUUAUUCGUAAAUCUACCUGCUUCCAGUCUCGCAUUCUGUUCAUUUUGUCGAAGUUUGACACUUUGCAAUUUCUAGUCUCAUCCUAAGACUUAUUUGUGCCUAUUUACCAAUUUUAUCAACCAAGAAACGAUGGAUUCUGCCGAUCACAACCAAGAUGUUGCUUCCCUCCCUGGUCUCCACCGUCUUUGGGCUCUCAGAAGACAUGCCAGUGGACUCGUCAAAGAAGAAGAGCAUGAUAUCCUAGAUGUUGAAAGCUUUCCUCCAGCUCAGAAUGAAGUUAGCAAACCAAAGAGUCGUGCCUGUAGCCCUGCACCACUAUGCUAUGAGGAAACAACUCCCUUUGAUUUCCACACUGUUUUGCCCCCUCAACCACAAAUUAAGGUUGAGAACUUUGAACAACAAUUCAUCUGCCUCGAUGCUGGCAAAUUGAAGGAUAUACCCGCCAAAUACACAGUUCCUUCAAUCGAACCUCAUGAAUUUCCAGCAGUUGGUGUUUAUAUUGAUCCUCGCAUUGCAACUGGAUUCAAAUACAGAGUUCGCCGCAUUGAGAACCCGGCCAAGAAUGGAAAGAAGCAAUGGCUGUUCGGUGGAAGAGCGCUUGGAUUGCAAAGCAUUGGUCGGGGUUAUUCCCGAAGAAUGACUUUCGCGCCUGACAAUGGAAAGUUGAACGACAACCCGAACUAUUUCUGGACUGACUCAAAUCCUAACGGGUUUGCUUUCCAAUUGGAGGUUAUCUCAGUCGGUGAUAAAUUCACAAUCCAGGAUGCGAAUCACAUGCCAUUAGGAACUUUGGAGGUCCAAUCACUCCAGAGCGAUCAAGAAGAAGUUAGCCAUGUCAUCAAGGGUGAUCAGCUGGAAAAAUCUGUACGGGCCUCUGUUUUGGGAAAGAUUGAAUGGUUCGAAAAUGACAGGGUUUCAAUUGAAACGGUUAGUGGCAUUGUUGUCUGCGUCAAGGGCAAAUACGGUGCAGCCAAAAUAUCGAAAGUGUUUGGCGUCAAAAUCGGAGCUGAUCCUCGUAGAGGUUUCAUUUUGACUCCUGGCAUCGAUAACAGUCAAAGAACAACUGUCAUCCGAGGCACUUCUAUCGGUGAUAUACCAACAACGUACACUAUCUUUGGACUGGAAUCAAAUGAAAUGCCUGUCAUUGGAACAUACGUGGAUCCACGUAUUGUGCCCGGAUUUUCGUACAGAGUACGUCAUGCUGGUACGAAGCGUUACCUUUUCGGCGGACAAGCCUUACCUCUUCUCAGCGUUGGUAUUGGCUACGGCAAACGUAUCACUUUUGCCCCAAAUCCCAAUAGCAUUAACAGUAACAGUAACUACUUUUGGUCUGACACUCAUCCAGAUGGUCUUGGAUUUGAACCACGCGCAAUCAGUUGCGGCAUGAAAUUUGACAUUCACUCCUCUGGAAACUUCAUCGGCCAUGCCUCAGUGUCCAGGACUGAUGCUCCACAAGAAGAAAUUAAGCAAGAAGUGAUCCAUGACGAAAACGGCAAAACAACUAUCGUCAAGUACAUACACGUCGAUGUUACAUGUGAUGUAGUGCUUGAUGCAGAUGUUAAUCAACCCACCGAAGAUUCUCACUCUCAAGCGAUUCGAGUUUCAGGCACAGCUGUUGUUGUGAAGACCCCCGGAGCCAGUCUAGCAAAACUAGUCCGUGUCGAAAACAUAGGUCUCAAUUCAAAAAUCAACGUUCUCUUCCUAAUUGAAGGCUCCAAACUUGUGUUCUGUCCUGUGCCUUAGUUGUUGACUGUGGAAAAGGCACAGGUACGUUUCCUUAUUUUUGAGACUGAAAACUUACUCACUUCCUACCAGUCCUGAUCUGUGAAAUCAGAGAAUCAGUCCAAUCAUAAGUAUUAAAUCUUAUCCUCAGAAUCACUUUAAAGAUGGUUCACCUUAUUGAAUCCAAUUUUAUAAUAAUUUUCCGCCAUGAUCGUCUGGAAGUCUUAUGAAAGUGCUUUGGAUUUGGGCUGAAGAAUGCUGAGUACUGAAAUGAAAUUGGUACCAUCGUAUUAUCACUAACCAUGAUAAUGAGUCUUACAAUGGUUAUGAUUAUAGCAAGUAUGGAUGGUGGGAAACCUAUCCAUUUCUGAUCAUACCAGAAAAGUCUCUUAGUUUGCAAUUUCGAUUAGUUCAUUCAUUCUUCGCAGCAAACAUUUUUAAAAUAUUUAUUUACCUUUUUUAGUUCUUCUAAUUCAGAUUACGAUGUUCGUCUGCUGGUCAUCUCAUGCUAUGAGGU